CUAUAAAACCCCACAUAGACUCCUAUAUAUGCUUGUAACCCAAUUCAAGAGUGCGUUUGUACCAAGAAAAAUGUCUCCUAGGCUCACCCUUUUGUUUGUUAUUUUCUGCCUCCUAUGUGCCAUGACAUUGGCUUCUGACCCUGACCCAGUUCAAGACUAUUGCAUACCAAACCCAAAAUUAGGUGUCAUAAAAACACCUCUUCACACCUUCCUUCCAUGCAAGAACUCAUCUGAGGCAACCACCGAUGACUUCGUCUUCUCCGGUAUGAAGGUGGCCGGAAACUUCACUGACACGGGCCUCGCAGCCAUCUCAGUCAACCCAACAAUCUUCCCCGGGAUCAACACACUAGGGAUGUCAUUUGUAAGAGCUGACCUCAACGUUGGUGGAAUCAAUCCACCACAUUUUCACCCAAGAGCCACAGAAAUAUCCCAUAUAGUGCAAGGGAGUGUUUACUCAGGGUUUGUUGAUUCAACCAAUAGGGUUUUUGCAAGGGUAAUUGAACAAGGGGAAGUCAUGGUGUUCCCUAGGGGUCUAGUGCACUUCCAAAUGAAUGUUGGUAAAAAGCCUGCAACAAUUUUUGGAAGCUUCAAUAGCCAAAACCCAGGAAUGCAAAAGAUCCCAUCUGCCAUUUUUGGGUCUGGGAUUAAUGAUGAGCUCUUGGAGAAGGCCUUUGGAUUGAGUUCAAAGCAGAUUGGAACUAUGAGAAGAAGAUUUGAUCCAAAAAGGGUGAGGUUCUAAGUUGGUUUGCCCAGAAUUGCGGAGGAGCAUUUUUAUUUAAUGCAUCUUGUAUUGAUACAGUAGAAGAAAUUGUGUUGGUCAUUUAAACCCAUGUAUUAUUUGUGUCUGAAGUGGUUAUAAACAUGAAUUGAUGUGCUUCCCCAUCCUGAACUGGGCUAGGUGCUGGUAAAUUAAAUUUUAACAUGAUAA